UGAUACGUGAUGGUACACUAUAUUUUAUUAACUCUUUUAACUUUACCUACCUUCUAGCCUUCUACACGAAAAAUAACUACUAGAUAAUUACAUAAGUAUUUUAAAAAGAAAAAGAAGGGGGGCGUGCCGGAAAUUAUAUCCAGGUACCUUGGACCUUUGGACUCAAAAUUCAGAAGCAUUCGCUACCUUGUAGAUCCUCCGCCCUCCCUCCGCCCUCUUUCCUCUUUCCUCCCUUUUCUAACAAAUCAAUUGUCACGCACACCAAACAGUCAAAUCAUCUCUGCUGACCCUUCGCUGCCUAAAUCCUAAGCCAAAAAGCUAUUGGUAUCCGUUCAGGUGCCAUGUAGGUGCAAUACAGGGGGUGUCAUAUGCAAGGUCAUCAGCUCUGAGUUGUAAGUCACCGGCAGCUGACUGCCACGAUCCUCACUUGUAUUUAAUUCAAUUCUUCUUUUUUUAUCGUAUACUCCUACUACUUAUAUCCUGCUACUUUGUCGCCCACCCAUUUCAUCCAUCUACUUACCUAUCUCCGAUUCUAGGUUUAGAUACUUCCUGUUCGAACUGAUUCGGGAUAUCUACUACGUAGAACAUCGUACCUUUUAUUCAAGGUAUCACAGCAUUCCGAAUACAUUUGCCGCGUAACACACGGAACGUUCUAAAGUCGAACAACAAGGAAGAGAAGAGAGAGAGAGAAAAAAAAGGAGACCAAACGACGAUGAGGGAUCCAUUCCCUAUCCCACCCAUACCCGCCCUGAGCAAGGCUGUCCAACCAUGGGCCGACUACUUCGACUUACCGACGCUGCCACUACAUAUACAUGAGGUCGUUUUGAUGGCCGCCUUCUACCAUGUCAUAGGCAGCGUCGUCUCUCCUAUCCUAUCACGUCGACUUUUCCCUACCCACUACUCGGCCCUAUCCCCUAGCAGGAAGCUGAACUGGGACGUCCAUGUCGUGUCCUUCGUACAGAGCACAGCAAUCAAUAUCCUCGCGUUAUGGGUCAUGUUCGUCGACGAUGAACGUAGGAACAUGGACUGGCAAGAGCGUAUCUGGGGCUAUACCGGUGCCGCCGCCAUGAUCCAAGCUCUCGCCGCAGGCUAUUUUCUCUGGGAUCUCAUCAUGACCGCAUCCCACAUCAACAUCUUCGGUCUUGGCAUGCUCGCACACGCUGUCAGUGCUCUGCUAGUUUAUUCUUUUGGCUUCCGACCGUUCGUCAACUACUAUAGUUGCAACUUUAUCCUUUGGGAGCUGUCUUCUCCCUUCCUCAACAUCCACUGGUUCUUCGACAAGAUGGGCAUGACUGGGUCCCGGGCGCAGCUCUAUAACGGUCUUAUUCUCAUUUUUACCUUUUUCUGCUGCCGUCUUGUAUGGGGUACAUACCAGUCUGUCCUCGUUGCUCGCGAUCUGUGGACCGGCUUGCAUUCCGUGCCAACCGUCCUGGCGAACAUAGCGCCCGAAGAUGUUUCCGAAGCGAUCUUACCUUCCCAGUACGCCAACACUAUGCGAUUUGUGACUGAUUCAACUGGUGUCCCGCUAUGGCUUGCCGCUGUUUAUACCGGGAGCAACUUGACUCUGAAUUCGCUGAACUUCUACUGGUUCUUCAAGAUGAUUGAUGCUGUUCGUAAGCGAUUCGACCCCAAGGAGAAGGAAGUCCAGGAAUCGGAGAAGACAAAGGAGAAUCAUGCCGUCGCCACUGGCGUGGAAUCUGAUAAUGUCCAGUUGAAGGCUCGGCCGCGCCGUGGCACCCUGCUAGACGGAGAAGAGGAAGACGAGCCCCCACCGAUCUAAUAUCGCCAAAGAGAAACCCGCUAUUCUAUAUAUGGGUCACGUGUUGAUAUGAUCGUGAAGAGCUUCGGUCUAUUAUCUUCCGGACCCCUUAUCAGAGAAUUUCCUCGUAUUAGACAAAUAACAAUAUAACUAUGAAGAAUUUGAUAUGCGAUAGGUUUGAACUGCUGCAUCGUGAAUGAAGGAUUAUUAGAAGCUUAGCCGCUAGCUAAGUGCUUCAGGUGAAUUAUAAAGGAUUCCCAAGAGACAAAGUCAAUCCAGCGGACAUUACGAGACAGCUUUCGAAACGAUUGUCAGAAACAAAGCAGAUGGGAGAUCAGUUGGAGGCUGUUUGCUAUUCCUAAGCAAACGGCGGGGUGUUCUAUACGGUGUCUUAGCGUUGAUAACCACAAUAUACCUAAUGGAAAUAGAAAUUCAU